CCUUCUGUGCCUGGAAGGAUUUGGCUGUGCUGAUUCCACUGUGGCUGAAAAGGUAUUGCUCACCUGCCCCUCCCCUCUGACUCAAGUCAAAACAAGUAACACAGUUUCUUUGGCAGAGCAGGAGCAAGACAGUGCCUGGAAGAGGGAAGCAGCCGAGGGGUCGGAAGUGUGAACUCAACGAAAAAUCCAGCAGCUUUGGAGAUCGGAGCACUAGGACAGAACUGGCAUCGCUUCCUCUCGCUCAUUUUUCUCCUGAUACCAGUUAUUCUGAAUCAGGGACCGAGCCCAGCAGCUCCUGAACGCCGCAUACCCAGAAGCGAUGGUUCCAGUUUGCGAACAUUCUUUGGGAACCCGAACGUCCAACGGGGCUUCCGCGGCUUCUGGUUGGCUGCAGGAAGAUUUGAUUUUCGAACAUUCCGGAAGUCGAAUGGGCUUCAGGAACGGAUUCCGUUCGACUUCCAAGGAGACAUCACCGCACUUUCAAGGUGCGAUCUUACUGCCUCCAUCCGUAGAGCUCGGCCAUGAAGAGUAAGGAUGAGACCAGUGACACAGACAGUGGGAUCAUAGUACAGUCAGGACUAGACAGCCCCAUGUCUCCAAUGAAGGAUCUGACGCAAGCUAUGAGGAAGCAGCAGAAGGCACUGGAGGAGCGACUAGAGGCCUGUGUGCAGGAGCUGCGAAGGCUGUGUUUGCGCGAAGCGGAACUGACAGGAUUGCUUCCUUCAGAGUAUCCUCUGAAACCAGGAGAAGUGGCCCCAAAGGUCCGACGUCGAAUUGGUGCUGCUUUCAGAUUGGAUGAGAAGGCCUUUCUCUCCAGAGGAGUGGAUCCUCUGAGCAUGUUGGAGAGAGACCUAGCUCUGCAGCUGCAAAUCGCUGAAGCAGCGCGAUGUCUCUCCCGGGAAGAGAAUCUCACCAAGCAGGUUCGGAAGCGCCGCAAAAGUGCUGUGCUGAAGGAGGAAAAGAAGCUGAAGGAGCUGGAGCAGACUGUCACAGAGUGCCGCCAGGCAGCCAGGCAUUCGUCACAGCUGAGGGCCAGUGCGCCAGCCUUACAAGGGUUCAGUGCCUCUGAUGAGAACUUCUUGUUGGAUGCUGUUGCGGUAGAAGAAGAAUCCCAAGUGUUGAGCACCUAUCUUCCACCAAUGCUCACAGCUUCAGCUCGCCUCCAACCCCCGCCCGGUUCUUCGGCUCAGCCUCUGCAUUCUGCAUUACUAGAAGGACAAACCCACUACCAAGCCACUGACGUGGAGUGCUCUCCCAUCCAAAACAGCCCAUGGAAAGAGACCAGUCUGGACAAGCCCUAUGAAAAGCCAAAGAAAUCCACUGAGCCCAGCAGUGUGCCAAGCAGUCCAGGCCUGCUGUCUCAACCAUCACCCAGCCGUACCCCUCAGUCGACUGCUGAGGCAUCGCCAUGCCACUUUGCUCCUCCCAGGAAGCUGGAAGUAAGGAAACAGGCUGGUUCCAGUGCCCCACAGACACCAGAGUUCAUGGGAAGGAGAGGACAACCUCAACUCAUGAGGGUGUGUUCAUCCCGGGAAGGCUUCGAGUCCCGCGGAAGAAGCGCAUUGCCAAGGCGGCGUCCCACCUACUAUACUGUCACUGUCCCCGAGUACUGCUUCUCUGUGCCCAAGGCCAACCCAGCCGCCAAGCCCACCUACCACUCCGCCUCAGAAGACAGCAAUUCGGAUGUCUCCAGCAUCUCCUACACCACUUCUGCCGGCAGCAGCAGCCCCGACAUCUCCUUCCUGAAGCCAAGCUCCUCGGUCCCCGCGGAGGAGCCCCUGCAGCCAUUCCAGAACCAGACCUGCAAGGGGAAUGGACCCGAAUACCACUGCCAGUGCCCUCAGAAGCUGCUCUCACCUCUGGGCUAUGGACUGGAAUAUGACAACCACCUGCCAGCUGGGCGGGAGCUCGGGCACAGCCGGCCGCCCUUCCUGUCUGUAAGCUCCGCCCAUUUUGCCUACAAGGAGGAGGCGGUGCCUGUGCGGUUCCACCGGUCGGUUGUUUCCCACAGCAGGGUGGUGCGCACCCCGUCUCUGAAGGACUGCUCCCCGAUGGGCCCCCGAGUCCUCUCCAAGUCGGCCGUGACAGAAGAGCUAAAAUCGUGGCACGAACGGACUCGGCUGCGUAAUGCGCGGCCACAUUCCCUGGACAGACAAGGGGCCUUUCGCAUGCGCAGCGGGCCUGGCCGAGAGUUGCGCCCUUCCUGUUCCAUGGGGCAGCAAAUUCAGGUUCCCCGUGUCCAUAUCCUGAAACGGUCUCCUGAGGGAGCCCCUGUGCAGGUCUACGUGCCAGAAAAUGGAGAAAUCAUUACUCAGGUGUAGAGACUGCUGAAUCACCUUGACUUCUUGCAAUUCGGCAAUGUCAGCAGGCUGGCUGCCUAGACCGGCCUGUCUCCCCAUUCCAGGUUGGAAAGACGAGGCUUUGUGUCAAACUUUGGCGUGUUCUUCGACCAGCUGAUCCUGCUAUAUUAAAGAGAACACUUUGGGGGCUAUUCUGCAACCUAUGUCAGACUAUAUAGCUCAGUCUCUUCCUUUGUUCCCAUGAUGAACUGAUGCAAUAGACUACUGCAACAGACAGCUGGGUUUCCUGUCCUGUGUGGAAUACAGAGCACAGCAAGAUCCCGCACCCCUCUUAACUAGUGUUUGCUUGUCUGCCUAUUUAUUCAUGUCUGUCUGUCUGGUGGAAAGAUCUUGGGAGCUGGCUGUAGGUUAUGAAAGCAAGAACUUGAUCACUUUUUAUAGCUUUUCAGAACAGAGCCAAGCCUGACUACAUGAAUUUUCUUUCCCCCACAGAAGUAGAAUCUACCUGCCCUCACAAGUGCUAGAGCUGGAGCCUCUGUUGUUUUCCUUAUUCUUGCAUAAAGUAAUGUGAUGCAGCAAACAGGUUCUUAAAAGGGGCCCUUUUCAUCUAUCUUCUCUAUCUUUGAAUGAAACCCAUCACUUCGUGGAAGGGGUUUCUCAUUAUACAAGCAUGUCACAAGGAACUGAGAGUGACUGUUUGGUCUCAGCCCAGAACCUUUUCAACUUACAAGUCAUGGCAAAAAAAAUGGGCACAAGCCUUUGUGCUAGAAAUGUCACUUAAGAAAAGUGGAUUCUCUGGAUGCCAGGUUUGUACUUAAUUUGUUGUGCAAUCCUGGACUGGACAAAGACAAGAUGUUUUGCUUAACCUCUGCUACUUACUUUGGGGUCUUUUCUAAGUACAAUACCAUCUCUUUAAUACUGGUCUUUGCUUCUGGGGUAACCUAGGGAUGUGAAAGCACUAAUUAUGGUAUCAUGAUCAAGUGUGUGUGGUAUUUGCAACCAACACUGUUCUUAAUAUUAACUUAUUUGUACAAGGUUUGCCAGUGGAGGGAGAGGGAAUAUGUAUGAUGUGCAUCUAUGAAAGUUACCUGGACUCAGCUCAAAACAGUGUUAAAUCUACCUGAACAUUUUUAUAUUGAAUAGGAUGCCUUUUCUGAGUCCUUGUGUGUUCUAAUCCUUGUGAGUCAUCAUUUGGGAAUUGCCUCUGCUUUAAUUACUGUAUAUUCCUGCGUAUAAGACUACUUUUUAACCCAGGAAAAUCUUCUCUAAAGUCAGGGGUCAUCUUAUACGCUGGGUCGUAUUUCUUAUACGGCGAGUAUAUCCCAAACUCUACAUUUUAACUGGAAAAGUUGGGGGUCGUCUUAUAUGCCCAGUCGUCUUAUACGCCAGAAUAUACGGGUACUUCUUUAGAAACAGUGGAAAACCAAUGUUUUGUUGUUGCCCCAAAGUGUGCUGUAAUUAAGUACAGAAAAGGCAAAAAGCCAGAUCAUGAAGAUAUAGUUAUCAGAUGACACUUAAAUUCUGGCCAGGCUCGUUGCUUCUGGGUUUGUUGUUUGUUGUUUUUAACUUCCUAGAUCAGAGCCACUUGCUCAUACCUAUAUCAAUAUCCAUUUCCUCAUCAGCUCAAUCUUCGUACCACUGAAAGAGCCUUUUGAACUUACACUUAAUGGCCUGUUUUAUUUUUAUUAAAAA